AUGACACAGAAUGAGAACAAAACCCUUUCUGGGACGGAUUUGGAAAGUGAUCUCAAUACCAGCUUCAGAUCCCAGACAUCUUUAGAAGCGAAGGCCGAGGACCAAGCAACCUUUGGAUUGACUCAGGAUGCCUUUGGCGACGAAUCGAACGCUGAGGUGAAAUACAAGGUCCUAUCAUGGUGGCAAUGUGGAUUACUCAUGAUCGCAGAAUCGAUAUCCCUCGGCGUCUUAUCCUUACCAGCAGCUGUUGCUACGCUCGGCCUAGUCCCGGCUGUUAUUCUUAUCAUCGGCCUUGGGCUUUUGGCCACAUACACCGGCUAUGUCCUUGGUCAAUUCAAGUGGAAGCAUCCCCAGAUUUCCAAUAUGGCGGACGCCGGUGAGGUCCUGAUGGGGUCUUUUGGUCGAGAGCUAUUGUGUGCCGGGCAAACACUGUUUCUCAUCUUUCUCAUGGCAGGCCAUCUUGUAACCUUCACGGUCGCAAUGAACUCUAUUAGCGACCAUGCCACCUGUUCAAUGGCCUUUGGUGUGGUUGGGCUUGUGGUCUCGUUCAUUUGUUCUCUGCCGCGGACGAUGAAGAAUAUCUCCUGGCUUUCCAUAAUAUCCUUUAUAAGUAUCUUAGCCGGCGUGUUCGUUACGAUGAUCAGUGUGGGUAUCACAAAACCUGGCACUGGUGAAGCAGCAACGACCAAAACCAACCUAUACCAUGGAUUCUCAGCAGUAUCUAACAUUGUAUUCUCUUACGCCGGACAUAUCGGGUACUAUAGUUUUAUGGGAGAGUUAAAGAACCCCCGUGACUUCCCCAAGUCUCUCUAUCUCCUUCAGAGUGCUGAGAUUGGCAUUUACCUUUUGGCAUCUCUCGUGAUCUACCGGUAUGCCGGUGCAGACGUCGCCUCACCCGCGCUAGGGUCUGCCCCUUCAGUCGUCAGCAAAAUAGCCUACGGGCUUGCGUUACCAGCUAUCCUAAUUUCAGGCGUCGUUGCAGGCCACGUCGCCUCGAAGCUUAUCUACAUGCGCAUAUCGUCUGGCACAGACCGCAUGCACAAGCGGGACUUCGCCGCCAUCGGAUCUUGGAUUGGCGUCAUUUUAACACUUUGGGUCCUUGCAUGGAUAAUUGCCGAAGCUAUUCCUGGAUUCAACAGUAUUCUGACUUUGAUCAGUGCGUUAUUUGCGAGCUGGUUCUCUUACGGUCUUCCCGGGUUCUGUUGGCUGCAUAUGAACGCCGGCGCAUACUUUGCCUCGGGCAAAAAGGUCUUGCUCACCUUGAUCAAUGUAUUGACAAUUGGUAUGGCGUUUUGUAUAUGUGGCCUGGGUGUUUAUGUGGCAGGGAAGGAUAUUCAUACCAACCAUUCUGGGGCUAGCUUUUCUUGUGCGAAUAACGCAUAG